AUCCUCUCCUUGUAUUUUAAAAUAUUAUUUUAAUUAUUUGUCCUACCUAGUGCUUAGCGAGUUACUUCCAGGGAUAAACAAUUUUUCGAGGCCAUGGAGCCUAUGACUCUAGGAUCACCGAUGAAUAGUCCUAUCCAAGGUCCUGGUAGUCCAGGAGGUUCUUCCUCGUAUUUGCCAAGUUUUCUCUUGGGUGACACUAACACUCCCGCAAAGAUCAACAUAAUGAGUCCUCAGGAUAAUCCGCGUCAUUUGAAUAUCACCAAUGCCAGUCUGAUGUCGUCAGUUUCCUAUGGAUCUCCAGAUUAUCGGUCGAAUCGUCAGAAGGCGGUAUUUGGAAACACUACGACUCCUAGUACGCCACAAAUGAGCACAAAGAAUCAUACCGGAGGACCGCCGACACGCGGACUGUUCGACACUCUGGAAGUCACCCAUGCGUCGUUGUCGUCGGCUGCGCCAGCCAUGAAUCCAGCUGUCACAACCACGCCUGUAAAUCAAUCCAAACUCAUGACGAGUACGUUAGCCAGCCCGCUCAUGUUUCCAGACAGUUCGAUAAAUUUGAACACGAGCGAAUCACAUAGUUUGCUCCAAUGGGUAACCGUUUUUGGCUUCUUGCCGAUCGAUGUCAAUGCCGUUCUGUCUCACAUAUCUAGUAGAGUUCGUAUAGUGGAUAAACAUCCGGCUCCGCAACCUCAAAGCAAUUGGAUACAUCUCAAGUGUGCGUCAGAGCAGGAAGCGCAAAAGGCUCUUAUGUGCAACGGUAGUAUCGUUUCGGGCACGAUUAUGAUUGGCGUCAUACCAUGUACGGACGAGGGUGUCGUUUUGGGCUGCGAUAAAGAAAAUCGUGCCAAGCUGAACGGUAGCAUGAGAUCGCUCUCAAUGAGUAGAAUCAGUCAAUCUCCAUUCAACGUCGUGUCGCCUACCGCGAGACGACGAAAGCUGAGAUCUUUAGCAGCGGGUUACAAUCAACAUUUUAGCCCGCAAGCCGCGCAAGUGCCGGAGAAUGUUCCACAAAAGUCGGCCAGUUUAGUUUCAAAAGCGAUGGAAUAUAUGUUUGGUUGGUAGUUGUGCUCUUUUUUUUGUAAUAAUUAUACAUCGUGAACUUUACAUUGUGAAAUAUAUUAAAGAUUGUAGAAAAGGAAUUGUGAAAGACAAUAUAUGAAUCUCUUGGAAAGAGAUUUUUAACUGAAACUAACUUGAAACUUAAACGAAAUUAUUGUCUAUUAUCCUAAAAAUAAACUUUUCUAAAAUUGAAAAUCAUAACGAUUAUGGAUGUCUUUGUAGGCUGUUACUUUUUUAAGAUUAAGUAUGGAUAUUAUAUGUAUUAAGUAUUAUAUUUGUAUGUAUCUUUACAAUUAUAUAGAACGGCUAAUAGCCAGAGUCAUGUUGCAAAUCUUUUGCGUGAUUUUGUGUGUGUGUGUGUGUGUGUGAGUGUGUUUCUAGUAAAUAUUGCAUGUACGCAAAAUAGUUGAAAAUAGCUCUACCGGCUCUACCUGUAUUAUGUUAAUGUUAAAUACCGAAAGACAUAAGAAAUAUUACAAUAAUUCUUAUUUCCUACAGCAAUUAAAACAAUGAUGCAUCAAUUUCAUUACAUUCCUAUUAUAAUCAAUACCUUAAUGAUUCUACACACCAUAUAUCUCUCUCUGUCUGUCUCUCUCUCUCUCUCUCUCUCUCUCACCCAUACACACGCUUGGUAUGCAAGGUUAAAAUUUGGAUAUAAUUUCCUACGAAAUAAACAGCAAUUUAUACAAAAUUACACUUAAAGGUGACUUGAAGACAUUCAUCUAUCUCAUUCAUAAAUAAAACUGAGAAAUGCUCCCAA